UUCUUAGCUCUCGUUGGUAGCCUUAUUCUUGCCGCUUGAAAGAUAUUAAGCUUAAUACGAGUCUAGUCUCUCUCCUUCGUAUUCGCUGGAGAGAAGUGGAGAACCGAGGCGAGGUUCUCACGUUCUCCCUAUCACGUUCUAAAGCCGCGUCGGUCCUCAGAGAGUCUCAGAGAGAGCUCUUUCUUCUAAUCUCUGCAAAUAGAAACACAUUCUCUUCUCCGGUUUCAGGGAAGAAGGUAACAAAUUAAGCAACCAUGGUGUCGCAGGAGUAUAUGGAAAAGAUGCAGGCCCGCCAGAAUUACCGGAAUCUCUGGCAUAGCGAUCUCAUUGGGACAAUUCAAGCUGAUACGCCUUAUUGCUGCUUUGCAGUGUUCUGUGGACCAUGCGUAUCAUACUUGCUCCGCAAACGAGCUCUUUACAAUGAUAUGUCAAGGUAUAUAUGCUGUGCUGGUUAUGUGCCAUGUAGUGGUAAGUGUGGAGAAAGUCAGUGCCCUGAAUUUUGUCUUGCAACUGAGGUCUUCUGCUGCUUUGGAAAUUCAGUUGCAUCAACUCGUUUCCUGUUGCAAGACGAGUUCAACAUACAAACAACACAAUGCGAUAACUGCAUUAUUGGUUUCAUGUUCCUCCUCCAACAAAUUGCAUGUAUAUUUUCCAUUGUUGCGAUGAUUGUUGGAAGUGAAGAAAUCUCAGAAGCUUCUCAAAUAUUAAACUGUUUGUCUGAUUUUGUUUAUUGCUCGGUUUGUGCAUGUAUGCAGACACAACAUAAGAUUGAAAUGGAUAAAAGGGACGGUAAAUUUGGACCACAGCCAGUGAUGGCUAUACCGCAAUUUCAAGAGAUGUCGCGUUUAGAUCGGCCAGUUCCCCCUUCAGUCGGAUAUCCACCUCAGCCAGCGUAUGGGCAGCCCUAUGGGUACCCUCCUGCCGGUUAUCCACCUCCAGGUUAUACCAGGUGAUCUGUAUCAUGAUGCAAAUGGAUACGCAAGUAAUAUCAUUAUUGUUGAGGUCUUGAAAAGGUCUUAGCUUAUUUUACUUUGAGAUCUCUAGAGUGAGUUCAUCGAUGUAUUUUAUAGGAAGAACGGGUUUUACAGGUACAGAUGAUUGGUACAUUAUACCAGGUGUCUGAACUCUGAACAUCUUAGAUUUUACUUUGAACUUAUGAUGCUGGCGUCUUUGUUGAUGAUUUUUGUUUGUAAUACAUUUGGGUUUUGUUGUAAGAAUAUGUUUGACCUGGAGAUUAUUUAAGCUACAAACCAACUUAAUAAGGUUAUCAAAGUCCUUUCUAUU